UCAACAUUUGCCGUUUAUAGUGAAAAUAUCUCUUAGCAUUGUGAAGUUUAUCUCGUGAAUGUGUUAUCGUGGAUUUGAAAAAAAGAAGUUCUACAAAGACGACAGCACAUGCAUUAUAACAAUGCGAUAGCUACCAUGGUUAGAUAAUAUACCAAGAAUGUUUGAUGAAGUCUGCAGGAUGACGUGCAGAUCGUUAUAAGAUAUAUUGUUCGUAAACGAGGAAGUUCAGGAAUUCCAUUACCAGCGACGUAGAUAAGAAUAAGAAGAUGGCAGCUGAUUCCGAUCUAUCUACGUACAGAACAGCUCUUGCCUUCGUAGCCAAAAAUCUGGAGAAAGGUGAUGUUGCUAGUGCGAAGUUUCUCCUUGGCGAAAACAAGAAGUUAUUUCCGGCCAGUGAUCUGGAGAUUGUGAAAACGGGCGAAGAGCUUAUGCUUUUGUUGGAGAAGAAGCGAUUUGUAUCGGAGUUUAACGUCGUGGAUCUUGAUUCCUUGUUGAAAAAUAUCAGUUGCAAUCAGCUUCGCUCUGAACUCGAGCCUCUGAAAACUAAGCUCAAUCUUCAAAAGGACGCGAAAUGGAAGGUUGGUUACACCACAGUCCCACACUUUUUGAAGGUUAAACAUUGUGCCAUCUUGGAAGAAAAGCUAAAAUCGCAGAACAUUGUUGCUCUUAUUGGUCCACCAGCAACAGGAAAAACUCAACUGGCAUGUAAUUAUGCACAAGACUUCUUCAAAGCAAACAGACAAUCUGUUAUAUGUAAGUUAGAUUGUGAAGGUAAAACUGAGCUGAUAAAAUCUAUGAUCGACCUGUUGGAGAGCCUUUGUAUGAAACCGGAAGGAAAUAACGAAGGGAAAGCGAACUACUUGGAGGAAAUGGGACAGAUGGUAGUAGACUAUCUUGGAUGUGCAGAGCAGGCCCAAAAAUUUCACCUUCUUAUUUUUGACGACAUUGGAGAUUCAUGCAACGAAAUUGUAAGCAAGAUAUUGAAAAACAUCAAAGAAAAUUCACAAAAUGUCAAAAUUAUUGCAACAAUGAAUGGAGAUAUUGACCUUGAAUGUGAUCCACUGAAGGUUACCGGUCUACACGACACGGAGGUAGUUUCUUUCAUGAGAUAUAAUUCUGGUUCCGACGGAAGGGAAUCUGCUAUUUCGAAAGCAACGGACGACGAAAUAAAAAUUCUUGCAAAACUUUUCGGAAACUCGCCAUUCGGUUUAAUGCUUUCAAAGCAUUACAUUGAGAAAUCAGGUAUGGAUAUUUCAGACUACACGGAAAAGUUAAAGAAGAACGAUGGCUUUAUUGAUAACACAGAGGAACACACAGAAAACAUCGUCCAAUAUUACAAAAAACGCUUACUAGCAGCACACAGAAUCAUUUUGGAAAGAAUAGAAUUAAAACUCAAUGAUGACGGUAAAAUACUUUUGUCUCUAAUACCAUUUCUGCACCACGAACAUAUCCAGGUUCGAGUUCUGUCAAGACUUCUGAAGAGUGGAUCGACUCAGUGUCAUGACUACGAGGACAGCAAUGUUAUAGGAAGGCUACGCAAGUAUGUACUAUGUGAUUUGAAGGGACUUGGGAAUGACAGAGUCAUAUCAAUUCAUGAUUUGACAAAGGUAGCCCUUCUGAACCGCCUGUCCGUAGAGGAGAGACAUGACCGCAUUCGUGAGUUGCUUCAGUUCUUUGCCACGAACAUGAUAAUGGAUUGUAGAUUACGGGAAUCGAUGAACACAAACCUCCUUUUUAUAGAUCAUGCUAUGAACGUGCUUAGAAUGGCACAAGGGAUUGAAAAACCUUCUGUUGAGAUUAGACUGUUACAGAGCUACGUUAGUACGCUUGUUGGUGUGACAUUUCGUAUAGGAGGAGUUGACAACUUUUUGGUCAACGACUACCUUACGCAAGCCAUGGCAUUAUGUUUAAAGAUGGUGGGAGAAAAUGUCUCCAGUAUUGAUUGGUUUCCCUCCAAGACUCCAACGGGCAGCACAACGUAUUGCAGUAAUGUUGAUGCACUUGUUGAAAAGCUUUGUUCCUUGAAAACGAAAAUUCCAGAGUAUUUCAUUCAAGAGCUUAUAACCACCAUGGUUCGUCCAGACAAAGACAUGGAACACUUGCAAAUGCGGGCUAAGGAUCUCUCCCAGUAUUCAUUCAAACAUGAGCUUGGAGUAGACCUGCAUGCCCAGCUCGUAAGGCGAAAGUUAGCAGUGCCGUUGGACCAUGUUCGCGAGUUGUUCCUUGUGGAACUUUUGGUAGUGAUACUUUACAACAAUGGAAGAAAUCAUUUUCUAGAGAAACCCCGCCGCGGACAGUUGAUGGAAUUAUCUUGGGUGUUAGGAAAACGUCUGAAAGAAAAAUAUCACAGUUUUCUUCCAAUACAAUUUCUUAUUACCCAGAGGAAUGGCUAUUUGUACAACCACUUGAAGCUUGCCCUCCCAAAGGACCAGGAAGUGGAGGUUAUAAACACUGCUGUGGAUAAAUACACAGCGAUGCUUCAUGACAAAGAAGAUUACUUUGAAUUUGGCGUGUUAAAACUUAGUAAAGUAAGUAAGAACUUCCACCAUAUAGCGAUGUGUCGGAAAUUCCAGAUAAAGUGCUAUUGCCGCCUGUUUAAGCUACAUACCGGUGAUGAAGAGAAACAGAAAAAAGCAUAUGUUUUUGGCAAGGAAUGUGUCGAGAAGCUGGCAAACCAGAUAACAGAAAUGACCGGCUUUACAGCGGUGCCAGGACUCCAUGUUCAAAUCGCAAAAUUCUACAUGCUGACUCCGCCAGAAGGGGGCAGUAACAUAGAAAAAGCUAUUAACCAUUUCCAAUCAGCUGAUAAGUUAGAGGAAAGUACUGGAGUAGGGUUGUCACAUUUCCGUCUCCAAGCGUUAUUCGGGUCGAUCGACUGCUACUGCCAGAAAAGGGACAAAGAUAGUCUAAAACGUGCGGACGAAAUAUGUAGAUUUUUGAUAAGUAAUUUGCACUCCUCAAAAUCCCAAGGAAGCUUGAAUGAAGCAAAGAAGCAACAGGACGAAAUAAGCGAAAUGUUAAGAGAGGAAAACCCUGAAACAUGAAACAAUAGAAAGUGAGAGAAUAGCUUUAGCCAAGAAAGAGCGCCUCGUUUGACAAACAUUCCUGUUUAAAACCAUUUCCCCUUCAAGAAUCUGUAAAGUUAGUUUCCCUGCCAUCUAAAGAUAGGUGUAAAACUUUCACGCUAGCGUGCAUUUAGCCAUGACCAGAUUGUGUUCAACAGCGGUAUUUUUAGUGAAAAAAACUAAAUUCAAAAAUAGAAUUGACCAUGUGAAUACAUAACAAAGGCCUUGCAAAGUGCUUUAUAUUACUGUCGGGUAUAUUGAUGUCUUUAAACCACAACAUACUAUUUAAUCAUGUUCAUCGUAUAUACCCACCAGAAUUGAAAAUAACUAAUAUUCACUCUGUAAGGCAAUUUGAAAAAAACUCUGUUGAGGACAAACACUCCAGCUUGUAAGAAUAGCAUCGUUUUUAGAUAAGGAGGACCAAGAAAAUUAAAUAUCAUUCUCUGUCAGCUAAGGAAUUCAGCCAGCUCUCUAAAUCAUGAUCUACAUAAAGACCAUCUUAAUGAUGGCCUAUCUUGUGUAUCUGUUACUCCAACUGAAACAGCUCGACAUUUCUUUUUUGACUGCCCUAGAUAUAUUAACCCUAGAAAAGUUUUUUACAAACCCAAAACAACCAUAAUCAUAACCACUAUUAACUAAACUAUGUUCUGCCUGGCUGCCCAAUCUGUACCACCCACAUCAAUAAAUCAUUGUUUGAUGCUGUAAUUAAGUAUAUUGAUGAUACAGAAAGGCUUUGAUAUCUUGCUAAAUAUCUACUGACACGAAUUGAAAUUAUAGGAACAAAUCUAAAACUAAGACAAAGUAUAAUUGGAAAAAAUUGAUAUCUUUCCAUAGACAUAGUUAAUUCAACUUUUAUCAACAAUGUGAUGAAUGCUGGUUAAUAGUUAUUUACCCCCACUCUCCCCCCACUUUUCCCCAUUAUUAUUUGAUCUUUCUGAUUUAUAUCCAAUAUUUUAGUUAUCAUCUCAUAAUAAGGAAACAACUCUGAUCAGUUCUUUAUCUCGGUCUGAAUAUCCUUUUUUUACUUAAAAUAAUAAUCCUUUGAUAUAAGAAAAAUGUGCUUAAUGUGUACUUGCUCCUUCAGUGAAGUGGGAGAGGACUAACUUUUAUAGCAUGUACAUUCUUGCCCAAACCCCUUUUAUAUGGAAAAGAAAAUACAUGUAAUGCACAUUUGAUAUCAUAAGAUAUAGUAAACUGAAAGCUGGUGGAUUGUUAAUUAUCUUCUUAUAAUCAUAACAUCAAUGUAUAAAAAAUAACAGAGUUGUCUCCCAUUUUUAAAAUUGAUAAGUCUGUCAACACUAAAUUUAUGAUUGUAUAUAUGUAUGUAUGUAUGUAUGUAUGUAUGUAUGUGUGUGUGUGUGUG